AGACACAUCCUUAAUCCUGGCCUCUGUUUUUCAGCUUCCUGUUCUGUUUGGCUGUCCGAGGCUCAGACUGAAUUUAAGAGGGUGGCUGAAGAAAACGUGACGUUGCCCUGUCACCACCGCCUGGGCCUCCUGGAGCAGGGCAGCCUGGACAUUGAGUGGCUGCUGCACAUCUCUGAAACGGUGCAGAAAGCGGUCAUCACUUACUCUGGAGGCCGUGUUUAUGAUGACCUGAAUGAGGAACAGAAAGGGCGUGUGUCCUUCACAUCCAACUUCCUCGCUGGCGACGCGUCCCUGCAGAUCACAUCCCUGCAGUCCAGCGAUGCGGGGAAGUACAUCUGCAAGGUGAAAAACGCCGGGCAGUACGAGUGGGCUCGCAUCACCCUCAAGGUUGUGGAAAAACCUUCCAAGCCCAAAUGCUGGCUAGAGGGGGAGCUGCUGGAAGGCAAGGAGCUGUCCUUGCAGUGCCGGUCUGCCUCGGGCACCGCGCCCAUCUCCUACCGAUGGCAGCGCAUCAACGAGGAAGAUGAGAGAGCUGAACAUCUCCCCCCUACGUCCCGAGUCAACAUUUCCAAUCCCGGGCAAGUCCUCCUGAAGAAUCUCACGCAGAUGAGCACAGGGUUGUACCAAUGCAUUGCCACCAACGAGGCUGGCCAAGAAAGCUGUGUCGUGCAGGUGACAGUGCAGCAUGCACAGAAUAUCAGCAUGAUUGCUGGAGCAGUUUGUGGUGUGGUGGUGGGACUCUCCCUGCUUUUCCUGGUGGUCAGGCUGACAAUAAGGAGGAAAGAAAAGAAGAGAUAUGAGGAAGAGGAAGCACCAAAUGAAAUCAGAGAAGAUGCAGAGGCACCCAAGGCCCAUCUCGUCAAGCCCAGUUCCUCUUCUUCUGGUUCCAGGAGCUCACGCUCAGGUUCCUCCUCAACCAGGUCGACAGCCAACAGUGCCUCUCGUAGCCAACGAACUUUGUCCACAGAAGCUACUCCCCACCUAACUCCUCCCCAGUACAGCCAGAGGGAGAUGGAAGGAAAAGAAACCGAGCCAAAGAAAGUUGACUACCCUAACCUGAUGAAGAUGGGAGCGACGCUGGUGAUGGUGCCUGCCCAAAGCCGAGCAUUCCAGACAGUGUGA